GCCGACCACUAACAGUAAUGGACCUGCUGUGGGAGGACCCUCCUGUCCCUGAUGCUCCUUUCUUCACCAAAGAUGUUUACGAUCAAUAUUCGCUUGCACCCAGUACAAGAGAGCGGUGGGCUUCUCUACAAAGGUAUCGAUGCCUACAGUCCCCAAACCCCAAAGAAGAAAGUGGCGAAAACCAACGUAGAAGAACGGGCACGAAGACGUGCUCCUGCCCAAUGGCGGCGGUGAACAAAAGUGUUUUUUAACUUUGUUAAAAUAAAUGACAAGUCGCCUCAGUGCAACACCCGGAAUAAGAUUCUAUUGUGCAAAGGAGGCUUUCAUGAUGUGUAGAAGUUUGACACGCUCCCUCCCGCUCCCAGCCUCAGCCUAUACCGCAUGGAACUUCAGUCAAAAAUCAAUUGGCCCUCCAGAGAAUGGCAGCACAAAACCAGUAUGUGCUGCUCAGUCUGGACAAAAGUCUACUACCAAAGAGUUUAAAGACAGCAGCAGCAUCAGUAAAGAUGACUCCUGCUGGGACACCAUGGACACUGACACUUCCUUUACAGACAAUUUGAUGGAUGCUCCAGAGUGUAGUAAGAAUACUACAAAAGCGUAUGUAGGUAAAGGUAAGCAGGUGAAGAAAGAGGCGGAUGAUGUUUUUCCUCAACCCAGACUGCCCUUCCCGUGCAUGUCAAGCCUGUCCAUCAAAGAGCAGAGGGCGUAUCUUGGCUGUUUGUGUAGUAAGAAACUCAGGGAUCCUCCCCAGCAACUCAAGGCCCGAGUAGACCAUGAAGUGAUGCAGUUUCAGAGGUACUUGCAAGAUGUGGCCAAUACAUGUGCUGACGACUACAGUUUCAUAUCACAGGGAGCCCUGCAAUAUGCAGAGGAUUAUUUUAGGGUACGUUUGGAGUGUAUUCGAACAUUACCUCAGCUCUAUCAGAUAUGCGAGAUGACCAGUUUGACUGGCGGAACAUUCAACCCGGGACUGUCUCUCACCUUUGAAAAACAGCUUGUUGUCAUGGGCAGUGUGGAUAUCACAGGCCCUGUGAUUGUGCCUGCUGAUGCACAGCUUGCAACGGAUUAUCAGAGUGUUUCAUCAGAAAAUCCUCCAGCCAAAAAAGCUAAGGACAUGCACGCUGCAAUCAGCAGUGAUGAUAAUGUUGAGAAGCUGUGUGCACACUACGAGCCACAUGUGUGUCUCAAGCGAGAGGCCCUGAUCACACUGUUGGACAACCACGGCCCUGACUUUGCUGAGAGAUGGGAACUUCCUGUUUGCAUUAAAGUGAACCACGGCAAAGGUGUUACUCAGAAGAAAACUGUUUACAUAGAGUCACCCCUAAUGGACAAUGAAAUAACCGUGAGGGAAAAGAAUCUCAUCUACCACGAGGAGAGUUUAAAGCACUCCAUUAAAAAGAAUGGAAAAAGAAACGUGUUCCAUUUAAUGACGGAACUUCCUGUGGACGAGCAGAAACCCUCACUGGAGAGCUCCCAAAGAAACGUGAUCUCUCUCAACAAUGACGACGUCGACUUUGGGGUGGACCUCACUGACCUGGAGACCUUUGGAGAGGCACCGCUCACGACACCCUCUAAAGUGCGGAAGACACAAAACGAGCAACUUUCAUGUCUUCAAAGUGCGAGUUCGCCACUUUCAACGAAGGCGAAACAGCUCAGUGAGCCUCUCGGCCGUAGUUCACAAGAGGAGAAGCUCAGCUCGAUGAGGCAUUACCUGGAAACAGUACAGAUGACGCCUAUGGUUGGCAUGGAAGCAAAUGAGGCAAACACUACAAAGCCAGGAUACGAGUCCGAUAAAGAAAGUGAUCAAGACCUGGCAGUCACAGGGGACUCUGAGGAUGAGAGGCUGAUCAUCGAUGACGCUACAUCACCAUCUCAAGCCACGACCCCCACGAUGCAACCUACGCCUGGACCCACAACGUGCCCCCCCGACCCUGCCGUCAGCCUCACCUCUGAGUCUGUCAUCUCAACAUCGCCCUCUCCUAAAAACGGUACAGCACAGAGGCAAGUGUCCAAAAAAGCUAAGGCCCCAGCCGACCAGCUGGGGGAGAUCUUGCGCAUGCAGACAGCCAUGUUCAGCACGGCCAACGACGCAGCCACCAAACGCCCCGCCUCGUCCCAGGAGACCGUCUCACCCACCCGAUGUGUCGAACCACCACGCCUCACCCUGCCACUAUCCCUUGUGAAACCCUGUGUGACCUCUUACUUGGAGAGAAACCGGUACCAGAGUGGAGAGGCCUCAGCUGCUCCUUCAGUGGUUCACACGAGCUCUCCACAGAAGAAAAAAAUAUUGUCUCAGGAGCUACAGGCUGGCGCUGAGGAUGAACAAGACUACACAGCCCCAGAGAGAGGCAACCUUCUGUACAAGCUCUACAGUCUCCAAGAUGUUCUCAUCAUAGUGCGCAGCUCAGUCCCUGUAGCUCGAGCCAGGAAAGUAGUUGCAAACGCAAGCCAGUUUCUGCCAGUGCAUGUUUUCCCCAAGCUGGACUACCAGCUGUGUCACGGGGUGGAGUGUCUCAGUAGCAGUGAAGCUUGCCAUCUGUGGACGGAGACGGCGCUCCACUCCAGUACAGUUUCCUUCAUAGCUCACAUCAAUCCACACACUUCUAAAGUAGCGCUGCUCAGAAGGCUGCCUGACUCGUGGAGAGACGACAUCUCCUGUGGGUUCAAGCCAGCGAAGUCACUAAAUAUUCUGCACCACCUUCUGAAAAAGCUGACGAAGAUGGAAGAAGGACAAUACCUGAUCACACACAAACCAGGGGAGCCUUUUGUGACUUUGUUAAAAGCAACGGAUGGGAAAGCAUCUCGAACGGUCUACGACUUGCACCAAGUCCACAGCGGUCUCCCCAAGACCCCCGCCUCUGGCCUCGUGCCCUGGAUACCUGUGGAUCCCACUGUUGUUCUGCACUUCCACAAGAAGCACGGCCGUGUGCCCUGCACCUUCCCCCCGCAAUCUGCGUCACAGCAAGCUACAGUAGAUAGAAGUGCAGCGGGGCUGCCCAAGCCAGGAGGGAAGAAGAAGAAAAAGAAAAACAACAACCGCUCAGCGAAUCGUAACAAAUAUAUUCAAAAACUCAUUCAGCAUUCAGUUUAAAAUCACAGAGCACAUUAUCUGUGAGGUACAGUCUGAUGAAACACUCGGACAGGUAAACCAGACAUGUUUUUCUAAUGCAUUUUCCUAUUUUUUUAUAAUUUCUCAGCUGUAAUUUUAUAAAGAAUUGGAAGAGCAAUAAAGUUGGAAGCAUUCAAAUGUGUGGUUACCUGAUUAGAUCACUACGUGAGAGAAAAC